GGAACCAGCGUGAGCCUGCACCUCCAUGCACUGCAGCCUCGAGGCAUCGCGUUAGUCGGCAGGCUACCCAGGUAGCUAUCUCCCACCCGCUCUCGGGAGACACUCGGUCGUCGCCACUGUCUGGGAGCACGGACUCGUUCGCGAUGGCUAGAGUUUAUGCAAAUGUUAACGCCUCUCUCGGGAGAUCGUGGUACGAUUACGAGAGUUUGCGUGUUGAAUGGAACGGGCCCGAUCGGUAUGAGAUCGUACGGAGAGUAGGCGGGGGAAAGUAUUCAGAGGUUUUCGAAGGCGUGGACAUGGUGAACGACGACAAAUGCGUGAUCAAGGUGCUGAAGCCAGUAUCUUCCAAGAAGAUCAAGCGGGAGAUCAAGAUCCUACGGAACAUCACCGGAGGACCGAACAUUGUCUCGCUGCUGGACGUCGUCCGGGACCCGUCUGCGCGCUACCGGAGUUUAGUCAUGGAGUACGUCGAGAACGUCGAGUGGAAGUACCUGUUUCCCCGCCUGACGGAAGUGGACAUCAAAUACUACACGUUUCAGCUGCUAAGAGCACUGGACUUUGCCCACUCUCAUGGGAUCAUGCACCGAGACGUGAAGCCUGGGAACGUUAUGAUUGAUCACCAAAGGCGUAAGCUCAGAUUGAUUGACUGGGGUCUCGCCGAAUUUUAUCAUCCCGGUACCGACUACCACAUCCGCGUCGGCUCACGGUACUGGAAAGCGCCGGAGCUGCUUGUAGGGUACCAGAAAUACGACUAUAGCCUCGAUAUUUGGGCGCUCGGCUGUAUGUUUGCUUCCAUGAUCUUCCGCAGAGAACACUUCUUCAGAGGAAGCGACAAUCAGGACCAACUCCUGAAGAUCGUGAAAGUGCUUGGCACAGAUGACUUCGACAAAUACCUCGACCGGUACGAUAUCGAACACGAAACCAGCUUGGACGACCUUUUGAAACGGCAUCCAAAAAUACCAUGGCAACGUUUCAUCAAUGCGGAGAACCAGCCUUUCGUGUCGUACGAGUCCCUGGACCUCCUUGAGAAGAUGUUGAAAUACGAUCACCGCGAGAGGGUGACCGCACGCGAGGCGCAGGCGCAUUCAUACUUCAAUUCUGUACGGCUGGAAGCCAUCUCCGCGCAAGGGGAGUGCGUGAGCGACUCUGGGUUCUGUUCCAUGUAACAAUAGUUGUUUGUAUGAGAGGUGUCGGCUCGCUGUGCAUCGCUGUCGUGGCUUUGAGACGUUGUUCCAUAUCUAUCCAGCUUUCCCGGUCUUGUUAUCCACCUUUCAUUUCCUGCCAUAAUUAACGGGUCUCGGGAGAACCGAAUGGAUCUGAGGCGCAGACAGGAAGUUCGAUCCACGAGUACGGAUAAGAUCGUGUCCAUCAUGAUUUAUUAACUAUUGAUCGUCCUUGACUUCCUGUAUUGGACAUUUAGAGAGGCAUUGCAUUAUGAAAG